AAGUUUGCCAUCAUCUAUUUUUUGAGGAGUCCUCUUUACCUUGCCUUGAUAAGACUUGAAGUAUACAUUGUUGGUUCAGAAACAGAAUAAAGACUUAUUGUGCUCAAAGCUCGUGUACUACCAGCCCAAAAGAUGUUGGCCAACUUCUGGUUCCAAAUACCGCAUGUUACCUCAUGAUAAUGAUGGAAAUAACUUCAGAUUAAAUAACGGUUCUUGUUCAUAUAUUGCAUUUACACAAAAGUGAAAGGGAAACUAAAUGUAAUUCCUGACUCAUUCACUUUUUCCUUCAGUUAUCAAACGUGCAUGAGUGCUUUAAUGUUUGUCACAGCUCAGUCAUGUCCCAUAAUGCACUACAGAGGGCAAGCAAAACAACAACCCCAGCAGUGGAGCAGCUCUGUGGUAAAUCCCAAUUUUGGAAAGCUCCGUUUUCAGUUUUCUUUUAGAUUAUAAGGUCAAUUAAGGCACUAUAUUCUACUGACGGUUGAUCCCCGUUUGAAUGACUAGGGAAUGUCUUACGAUGGCUGUCGACACAUACUGCUAAAUAACAACCUACUUUGUGUCUAGUUGGGAUUUACAGCGGCAAUAUCCUGAAUUGCUUGGGCAACCAUUCCUACAAACGAAAGUAGAAAGAUUGAUGUUAUGAAAUAAUCCAAAUGGCUGGAGCAUGUAUGAACAGAGGUCACAAGGCCUCACCAUCUCUGUUAACGGAGACCUAACUAUUUAUUUCGAGAUGGUUUAGAGAAAAACAGCUGUUAGAUUGUUAUUUACUGCGGCGCUGUUUUGUAUUGCUGGGUGUUUUUUUGUUUUGUCCAUCCUUUCUAUUCUCAAUGUUUUUCAUCAGAAGUCAUCCAUUGGUGGAGAUUGCUGUAAAGAAGACAAUCUCUGAGCGAAUACAUUAUUCAUGCACACAUGUAGCGGCAGGGACACACAUUUGAGUCUCUAGUGCGCGCAUUCAUCUAAAGACAUGAUGACGAGCAGUUUCUCUAGGUAUUAUUUAGUUUGGCACUAUUUCUCCCUCUGCACAUAUCACUUACUGCUCUGUAUUUGUUUUUGUUGUCUGUAGCCCAUCCAUAUCAGCCUUAAAACGCACUCAGCUGGCAUGAAAGGUCAGUUAAACCCACCAAGCCUUGAGCUCACAUUAUUGUCAAUUGAGUCAGAUGGCACGAGCCCUUCAGUCUUCAGGAUGUGUGACGGAGGUCUGUCCACUGAUGCACAUUAUCAAGCAGCAGACGCAUCCUAACAGGCAUUCUGAAUCAUGUCUUCUACGAUAUGCACUUGGUUGUAAUGCUUAUUAAAUUCCAGAGCCAGGUCUAGAGCAGAAAAGCUUGGAUCCUAAGUGACCUGCACAUGCUGGCUCUUACAGAGGGCCACACACAGAAAAAUAUACAGAGGGCUGGGCCACUCGCUGGAGUCUUCUGACAGUAAUCAAGAUGAAGGGGAUCCAGUACCUGGCUUUCCUCUGGACUCUUUUCAUCACACAGACUGGAUUUGUGUGCAGUGACAUGGAGUUCCUGGAGAGGAGUGAGGGGGGUUCUGUGGUGUUACCCUGUGAGCUGGAGCAAAGGAACACUUCCCCUUACGGCAUCUACCUGAAGCGCAGCUGGCUGAAUCAAAUUGAAGUUCUGUUCCAGUUCACCAAGACUGACUUCACUGUGGAAGACAGUUAUGACAAGAAGCGCAUCAGUGUCAGUGGAGACCCGAGCACACACUCUCUGAAUGUGACCAUCUCUCAGCUGAGUGCCAGCGACACGGACCGCUACUACUGUGAGUUUGUGGUGGACAACCCUUCCUCUGAAGACAUAACAAUACGUGGGAAGACUGAAUUCUUCCUCCUUGUUAAAGCUGACGCCCCUGGGUCUGUGGACAUUGGGUUGGUAGAGACGUGUUCUGGGGGCUCGGCUGUACUCCCCUGCCUCCCCCCCCAUGGGGAGGCCAUGGUCGUGGAGGGGGUGAGUCUGAAGCGGCAGAGGGGCCGGGGACCUGUGGAGGUGUUGUACAAUUCAAAGCACCAACAUGGCAGCAGCCCCCCCUCCUUCUCCUCUCUGUUCCCUGUUGAGAGGGUGCAUCUGUCCUCAGCUCCGGGCCCCAGGGGCCUCACCUACAACCUCACCCUGCAGCACCUGCAGCCGGACGACAGCGCCCUGUACAGCUGCCAGCUGCUUCUGCAGGGCGGGCCCCACACCAGCACCCUUCUGGGCAGACAAGUGGUUUUUGUCUCAGUGCAAGGAGGUCAGUGUGGCUGCUCCCGGUACUCCAUUCUGCUGUAUGCUUUGUCCUCAGCUGUGGUGGUUCUCCUCCUCCUGCUUCUCCUGGGAUUUGUGGUGAUUUAUAAAGGCAAAGCACGCCGCAGUGUCAGGUCACACCCUCAGGCCCCCAUCUACGAGGAGAUGACCGGCAGUCGGAAACUGGCAACCCGAAAUCAGGCACCCCGAAAUCUGGAGGAAAUGGAGCCUUCUGAGUACACAAACUGCACUGUGAAGAAAUCCUGUCCUCAAAACCAUUACGAAAGCCCGAGAGGGGCCCUCUGCCCCAGGAGUGAGUCUGAAUAAUGAAAUAUUAGAUCCUGUUACCGACAUGGUUUACUAAAACAUCUCACACUCUGCUACCUGAAACUCACUCCAUCCAGUGCUCUUAAGUUUCUCUAACGUAAUUUACCAGAAAGAUUAUCCACAUGCUCUCUUUAUAUUAGUUGUAUCUGUUGACUGUUGGUAGUUUAAAGUCUUCUCGUGUUUUGAAGUUUUCUGAAGAACCUUUUUUAAAUGUCUGUUUUUGGCCUUUUCAGCAAAUUAAAGUUGGCUUGUAGAAUUGUUACUGCUCAUGAAUGAUUGUGCCUUGUGUUUGUCUUCAGGGGCAAAACAACACGUUGAAAGCAUUUCCUUAUAACAUUGAGAAACUUGGUUUUUAGAUUUGUAAAUUUCUUGGGAAAUGACAGCAGGAACCAGGUGGUACAUUUGAUCUGUGGCUCUUUACUGCACCUCAUACUCUCUAUGUUUAGCUGUUUACAAUGAAGUAAAAAAAAAA